AUGCAUCCAGAUAAUAAGGACAAUAAUGUAGCCUAUUUUCAAGACCUGGAAAAGAAGCAUAAUGCUCAGCCAAGUGUAUCAAAACUUUUUUCAGUGGUUGCUAAGCAAGACGAUGACGGACUUCGAGCUUCAUACAAUAUCUCUUUGUUAAUUGCUCAAACAGGUAAACCAGACACCAUCGGAGAAACGUUAAUAUUGCCGGCAAUAAAGGAAGUUAUAACUACUGUGAUCCAUAAACCGGCGGCAGACAUAAUUCGAAAAAUUCCUUUGAGCAAUAGUUCUGUGGAAAGACUAAUUGAUGAAAUGGAUGAAAACAUUGAAGGGUCAUUGUGCAAUCAUCUGAAGACUAGUCAAUUUUCAAGUCACUUGGAUGAGUCCACUUUACCAACUAAUGAAGCAUUGUUGCUGUCUUACGUGAGGUUUAUUAAAGAUGAAAAAUAUGUCAAGAAUUAUUUGCUAGAAAUUUAUAGACAGACACGAAAGGCACCAUACCAUAUUGAAAACACUGGAAAAGUUUUGUGA